AUGGCUGGUUUGCAGAAUUCAAAUAAGCUUUUUACCGAUUCAUCUAACACCAAUCCUGCAUUAACAACUGCCAGCACUCAUUACUCGCAACCUCCGCGACACCCAACCACACCAACUUCUCCUCCACUCUCUAACACCACGACUUCUCCACGAAGCUCCUCCGAAACUCUACGAAGCAACAAAGGUAACAACAAAACUUCACCUACCACCACGACGACAAGCACGAAUUCAACCCCUCCCAGCAACCCUACCUCUUCUGCCGCUUCACGUUCAUUAACCUCGACGGCGACCCAGACCACUCCUCAACCUCACUCGGCUUUCUCUCCAUACAAUCAGGUUCCCCAACACCCCACACCGGUCACAACUCCCACGACGACGAAGAACUCUCUCUCUCAAUCGGAACCACCCACAAUGAUGACUACUUCUCAUUUGGACAACAGUGGUAGCACCGCUCUGAUUUACCCACAACAGCAUCCCCAUUUCGCAAACUCUUCCACGACUCACUUUUGGCCCUCGUGGAAUUUCAACGGCGGUAAUCCACCCAACGGGGCCGCCGUACUACCAACUACCGGCGGCAGUGCGUUCGUGCCCGCCGUUGGAUAUGGUACCGGUUCGAAUAUGGCACCCGGACACAACCCUCGACCAAAACUCACCACCACCAUAUGGGAGGACGAGGGAACGCUAUGUUAUCAAGUUGAUGCCAGAGGUAUUUGCGUGGCUCGAAGACAAGACAAUAACAUGAUCAACGGGACGAAGCUGUUGAAUGUCGUAGGAAUGUCACGCGGCAAGCGGGACGGCAUCCUCAAAAAUGAAAAAGGAAGGGUUGUCGUAAAAGUCGGUGCCAUGCACCUCAAAGGUGUUUGGAUUACUUUUGCGCGAGCAAAGACCUUGGCCACCCAAUUCAAGAUCAGCGAACUGCUUUAUCCAUUGUUUGUGGACGACCCCAGC